AUGACUGGCGCACAGGUUGGAGAGUUCUUGGAAUCGUAUGCCCGUCAUUUUGAUCUUGAAAAGCAUAUCCGUUUCGAAACAACUGUCCGCAAGAUACUUCGUGACAAGGCAGACAAGGCAUGGAACGUCCAUAUCAUCAGGCCUGACGGGCGCGAUCAAAUUCUAAAGUUUGACAAGGUUGUUGUCGGCUCUGGAUCCGAAAGCAUUCCGUCAUGGCCUCCAAUGCCGGGGAGAAAGAUCUUCCAAGGAACUGUCAUUCAUGGCCAGAGCUAUCGCAAGCAUGCGUCCAAGGUGUACCAGUCCUAUCGCCGCGGUCGAAUCAUUAUCUCACGAUACGACGACAAUGGCGUGCCCACGGACCUGACUCCCUGGACUUCUCUACAGUUCAAGUACAUGACAGAGCAUAAGGUGCCAUGGAUUGCCAAUCGUUUGGCUAACAGCCUCACGGAAGAUACCAUGUUUCGAGACAUGGCACGUUACGAUCUUGACACCAGCUUAUCGGAGAGCCAAAAAUACAAACGCGCCCAAGAGAGAAUCAGGGGAGAAUGGCGUCUGAUUCCACACGCCAACAUGGAGUUCACGCAUCCUGCUGUGCAAGACGACUUCAUGGGAGCACUCUACUCAGGCGCUGUUGCUCCUGUACACGGGUUCAGGGCUUUUGUAGGCGAGAACAGUGUGCUUCUCGGCGACGGAUCUACGGUCGACGUUGAUGCUGUCAUCUUCUGUACCGGCUACAACCUUGACUACAGCCUCAUGCCAGAGCUAGAAAUGGAUGGCGCUUGUGGCGUGCCCCUGACAACAGCUGGUCAAGCAAACAAGAUGAAUGACCCUCGCGUACCCCAGGAGGUUUCCCUUCCGCGACUACACCACAUGAUUUUCCCGCCAAAGUGGGCUUCAUCUGUUGCCUUUCUCAGCUGGAUCUCAGCUUUGGAGACAGCAUGGUGCGUUUGCGAACUGGCGUCGAUGGCUGUGACCCAGAUCUGGGCGGCUGAGACUUCUAUCCAACAAGGAUCUCCAGCACCGCCACGCGGGUACAGAAAGCUCGCGCAGCUUCCAAGCGUGGCUGAUAUGAAUGCCUCGGUUGACGAUUAUCAUACUUGGUGGCGUCUCGGACGCACCAAGGAGCCAUCAGCACAUGCUGGUCUGAUCCGUCCGUAUCCUUUCUACCGGUUUUUGCACGACAUGGCUGGCACUGGCAUGUACGAAAAUGCUGGUCCCAAGUUCAGUCUGCGCAACUUGAAGCUACGGUUCACGGACAGAAGUCUCUACAACUGUCUCGCUCGGGGUCCGCCCAGUAGCCACAUAUGGCGUGUGUUCAACACAAACCCGAGGGGAAUCCCCGGUUGCGGGAGACGAGCAUGGCCUCAAGCCAGACAGAUGGUUGAAGAUGCGUUUCACGAUUACGAGGAGUUUCUGCAGAAGACAAAGCACUCGGCUUAA